AUACUUUUUAAAACUUAAUUUGAUUUCGGCCUCUUCUUUCUUCUUCAACUUCAUCGAAUUAGGGUUUCUCUCUGUUUCCAACUUCGAAGUUUCUCUGGCUUAGGCUCUGAGAUUUACUCCCCUGCUCUGGUUUCUUUGUCCGACAUUAGAUCUUCUUCUUCGUCUCCUUCUCCUCCUCCUCCUCCUCCUCCUUCGAGCUUGAAACUGAACUUCUCUCGUUUGAACUCUUGCACCUUCGACCAUGUUCUGGAAGUUGACUGCUCUCUCCACCGCUUCGCCGGUCGAAUCCAUAUUAGACAAGGAAGACUUCACUUUGGAAGAGCUCCUGGAUGAGGAAGAUAUAAUCCAAGAGUGCAAAGCUUUAAACAGCCGGCUCAUAAAUUUUCUGAGAGAGAGAGCCCAAGUGGAGCAGUUGUUACGUUAUAUUGUCGAGGAGGCUGCAGAAGAUGCUGAUAGCAAACGAGCUUUCAAGUUCCCUUUCAUCUCCUCUGAAGUAUUUGCAUGUGAAAUCGAUGUCAUUCUUAGCACUUUAGUGGAGGCGGAGGAGCUAAUGAACCUCCUUUUCUCCUUUUUGGAACCAAAUCGCCCUCAUAGUGUAAUGCUAGCGGGGUAUUUCAGCAAGGUUGUCAUAUGCCUCAUGUUGAGGAAGACGGUCCCGCUGAUGAACUAUGUCAAAGACCAUCAGAAUGUUUUCCAGCAACUGGUUGAUUUGAUAGGGAUCACGUCCAUAAUGGAGGUUCUAACUCGAUUGGUUGGUGCGGAUGAUCAUGUAUAUCCCAAUCACCUAGAUGUUAUGCAAUGGUUAGCUGAUAGCAAUCUGCUGGAAAUGAUUGUAGAUAAACUCAAUUCUCUGAACACUCCUGAAGUUAAUGCAAAUGCUGCUGAAACACUCUGUACGAUCACUCAAAACGCAACAUCACCUCUGGCUACCAAACUUUCUAGUCCCAGUUUUGUUGCUAGGAUAUUAGGUCAUGCCUUGGAAGAUUCCCACUCCAAAUCUUGCCUUGUCCACUCACUUUCAGUGUGUAUUUCCUUGUUGGAUCCAAGAAGAUAUGCGGUUUCUUCUCCCUUUAUGUAUGCAUUUAGAGGCCAACAUCUCUUUGAGUCCCCAAUUCUCGUGAACCCAGAAACUGUUGCUGCCAUGCUGCCUAAACUUGGUGAAUUAUUAGCGCUUCUGAAUGUGUCGUCUGAUGAAAAGAUAUUACCUACAACCUACGGGCAGUUGAAGCCUCCUCUUGGCAGUCAUCGUCUUAAGAUUGUGGAGUUUGUUGCUGUCUUGUUGAAAACUGACAAUGAAGCUACAGAAAAGGAACUAGUGACUUCGGGAGCCAUCAAAAGAGUACUUGAUCUAUUCUUUGAGUACCCUUAUAACAAUGCAUUGCAUCAUCACGUGGAGAGUAUAAUAGCAUCGUGUUUGGACAGCAAGAACGAUGCCUUAGUUGAUCAUCUUCUCCAAGAGGGAGAUUUGAUUGGAAAAAUUCUUCAAAUGGAGGAACAACCAAUCCUUUCUGGUGAUAGCCCGCCAACAUUACCUGCCGUUGGGAGACAGGCGCCACGAGUGGGAAAUAUUGGCCAUAUUACAAGAAUUGCAAACAAACUUGUUCAUUUAUCAACAAGCAAUAGCCAAAUAAAGUCAUUUCUACAGGAUAACAAUGAAUGGAUCGAGUGGGAAACUAACGUUUUGCAAGACCGUAAUGCUGUCGAAAAUGUCUACCGCUGGACUUGCGGCCGCCCAACAGCGUUACAUGAUAGGACUAGGGAUAGUGAUGAAGAUGAGGUUCAAGACAGGGAUUAUGAUCUUUCUGCUCUAUCUAAUAACUUGACCCAGUUCUCAUACAUGUUUGAGACUGAUGGUGCUGAGGAGGAUAGCGGUGCCAAUGACAGAGACGAAGAGGAUAUCUACUUGGAUGAUGAAUCUGCAGAAGUUAUGUCAGCCUUGAGGCUUGGUGAUGAACAGGCAAGCAAUUUGUUCACAAACUCGAACUGGUUCACGUUCCAAGAAGAUGAUGGGUUCAGCGCGAACACACCACUCGAAAGAAUAAUACCUUUGGAGGAGGAGGAGGAGGCUAUGGAGGAUGAAAGCUUGAACGAAACUACUAAUGGCAGUGGUGAUGGCUUCAACAGAUCCGUGGUAGAAAGCAAGAAUUCUUCAACUGCCAAUAUGGAAAAAGAAAACUCUGCAAACGGUAACGGCCUUUUUGACGAUGCAUCCACCAAAUGGGUUACAAGGGGAGAUUCUUCGUCCACCGCCGUAACUGAGACAGAGCCGUUCAAGAUGCCAGAUGUAAGAAUCCCGAACGGCGGUCCAACCUCAUCCGAGACGAUGAGCCCGAGAUCGCCGCCGGUGCCAUCGUUGUUCGAAGAGGAUGUUGAGUUUGUAGGAGUGGAACCCGAAGGGACGGAGAGGGCAAUGGAGCAGGCUCUCAAGGAAGGCAUAGUGGGAGAAGCCGGGCCGAUGAAGAGGAAUGCGGCGGCGGCGGCCCCAUCGCCAUCCCCGGAGAAGGAGAGUUCAGGGGAUAAGAUGAAGGAGUUCAAUGACGCAAACUACUGGAGAAUCGAUCAAGAUGUCACCCUGGUUGAAUGAAUUCAGCAUUCGAGUCUCUGCCUCUGUGUAUGUAUAGUUUACUCUUUUUUUUUUUUUUAUUUGUUAGGGUCUCGCAGUCAGAGAUUUGAUUUGCUGCUCAAAGAUUUUGUGACUUGCUUUUUUUAGAUUAAUCUGUUAUUAGAUUUGAUGAAAUUUGAUAAAGUUGCCAUCUCAAUUCUAUGUUAUGGACAAGAAGCACGUGCUCCGAAGGGAUAUAUUAA